AUGGCUCUCCCUAUUACGUCUAGGCAAAGAAGUUGGACACAAAAGAAUUCAAUGGGUCAGGCUGAAGUACGCGCGUUAAAAAAAAGAAAAAACUAUGACACAACAGAGUCAGAAGUGUCCCCUCUAAACGGACCAUCGAGAUCCUCCCCACCGAACGCGAGGCUUGAAAUAUUCAGGAAGAUCCUGGUCGGACUGAGGGAUGAAGCCGUUGGUCGGAUGAAUGGUGUGGCAGAUCGGGACAGACGGGGGAGUGACCAUGGUGAGUCACCCCUGAUUGUGUUAGCGACCUACCCCAAGGCUGCAAGCGUAGGCUGGGAGCGAUCAAUCUGCAGCUGUCCUAGAUCGAUACUAGUUACUGUCUAG